AUGUUCCAACCGGUGGGAAUCAAGAAGCUCACCAACGUCGCCGUGGUGCGAUUGAAGACGCACGGCGCGAGGUUUGAGAUCGCGUGUUACAAGAACACCGUGCUGAGCUUUCGUCGAGGGCACGAAAAGGACGUGGAUAACGUCCUGCAGACGACCGAGGUGUACGCGAACGUGAGCAAGGGCGUGGUGGCGAGGGACGAUGAACUCGUGAAAGCGUUCGGGCACUGCGAUCGAGGAAAGAUAUGCGUGGUGAUCCUGGAGAGGGGUGAAUUACAAGUGAGCGAACUCGAACGCAAGGCGGAGGCGGAGAGCGCGUUUCGGGAUUGCGUGACGACGCUCGCGGAGAAGUGCGUGAAUCCCUCGACGAAGAUGCCGUAUCCGCCGGGGAUGAUUGAGAGCGCGCUGCGGGACAUACACUUCUCGAUCGAUCCGAAGAGAAGUGCGAAGCAGCAGGCGUUGGAGGCGCUUCCAAAGUUGCAGACAAUUUUUCCAAUUCGGCGCGCAGAGAUGCGGUUCUCGGCGUCGGUUCCGAUCGCGAAGGAGGAGGUCUUGAUGGAUUUUGUGAGGGAAAAUAAUGGGACAAUCGAGUCGAGCGAACGCACCGCGAGCGAAGCGAGCGCGACGUUCACGAUGGACCCGUCGACGUAUCGCCCGCUCGACAAGCUGUGCAAGGACGCCAAGGGACGGCUCGAGGUGGUGACGCUCGCGGUGAUGGAGCAGGCGUCGACGGCGGGCUCUUUCAACGAAGGCACGCUGAGAGCGACCGUGGCUAAGCAGACGGCGAUGGAGAAGGCGGAGGAGGCGUUAGCGAAAAUAGAAAUUAGCCGGCCGGCGACCCAAGUCGUGGUGCCGAAGGUGCGUCGAUCGGAGCAGGUGGAGACGCUCAGCUCGAGCGACGCAAACAUACUCGUUCCGAGAGGGCCGAUCAGCGAGCUUCCAGAGGAGUACGCGAGUCGCAAGGAACGAUUCGCAGACAUAGACACGUAUGAGCCCGGAUGGGAGGUGGAGCUGCGCUCGAGAGAAGGCUCCUCCAUCGUCGACGCCGUCUUUUACUCUCCUCGAGGCGAACUCUGUAAGACGUACGCCGACGCUCGAAGGAAAGCGAUGGUAGCGCUUAAGUGA